AUGCAUAAAAACUUGGGGGAAAUACGAAUUUGCUUAAAUUAAAAAGAAAACUAUAUAAUUAUAAACAAAAGAGGAGUUGAUAUGUGUGUGAGUAUUAACUACUCUAAUAAAAUAAGCUAUUAAGUUAGCGGUAAUCAUAGAGUACUUGUCUUGUAUUCGUUAAGCGGUAACUUAAAACAUUAUUUAAAAUAUUUAAGCUAUAAAUAUUGA